GCCAGACCCACCACCUCAAUCGACGCCGACGCUGACGCCGACGCCGACGCCGAUGGCAACGGCAACGGCAACGUCAACGCCGACGUGUACGCCGACGCCGAUGACGAUUGGGUCGCCAGAAACGGUGAGGUUGUCGAAGAGGUGCGCGUCCAGAUCAUUGAGCCGUCGAUUCAACAACAACAUCUCAGUCAAAUGCAUCAACUGCAAAUGGAACGCAACGCUGCCACGCUUCCAUCCGGCCUGGGACGUGGUAUCUACGAUGCCAGCAUCGGCGGCGACGUUAGCAAUGAUGGCGCCGGUACCGGCCGAGAUGCCGACUGGCUGCUUGACUUGUGGAGGCCGAGGGUGCGACUGGGCGCCGUCUCUGGGCAGGCAAUCCCCAUCUCGACGGAGCUGGAGUUCGACAGUAACGUGCAAUUUCUCGACCAAGAAGACGACGACGACGACGACACCGCACUCUUCAUGACGCAGCCAUUCGCCUGUGGUUCCACCUUCACGGUCAGUGUGCUAGACUCUCUGAUGAGCACCACUUUUUUCAACGAGAACGCGCUCACCCUCAUUCGUACCAUGGUGACGGGUGGGGCGACACCCGAGUUGGAGCGUAUUUUGGCCGAGGGCUCGGGCAUGCGAGGCGGAGGAUCGGCCGGCGAACUGGCCAAGAACCGAGGCCGUUGCCAUUUGGCCCAGCUGAGGCUGGCCGAAACCCCACUGGCCAGGGUCUGCACCGACGAUGCGCCCUACCGACGCCUCUUCGUCGAGGCGCUCAAGACGCACGGCAUUCUCUCAAUCGGCCUCUACCGACUGCUGCACUUCGCCGCAGACGUGGCAACCGGCGACGGUGACCCCGGCAACUGGGCAGGCCGGCAGAAGCGUUUCGUCAUCACCAACCCACCCGGCGACUUCCCCUUACUCGCCUCUGACUGGCUCUUCUGCCUGGUCCCCUUCAAUCCGGCCGGCGGAACUCGAAAUCUGGCACGCCUGGGCAGACGGAAUUGA